AACCCGCAUUCCCUGCAUCGGCAGGCAGACUCUCAACCACUGCACCACCAGGGAAGCCCUCUUAUCUUCUUUUGUUUAUUUUUUAUUAUUCCAUUUCUCCUUCUGUUAUCUUGGGAGCUUACAUUCUUUAGCCAUUUUUUAGUGUUUUUGUAAAGAUUACAAUACUCAUCUUUAACUUAUCAAAGUCUAGUAUAAUUUAGUAUUUUACAACUUUCUGGACAAUGCCAGAAUUUUACGUUAUUUUCAGUUUUCGGUUCUAGAAUUUCCAUUCAUCCAUUUUUUAUAGUUUUUAGUUGUCUACUGAAAUUGUCAUCUUGUCUUUUAAUUCGCUGAACGUAUCGACCAUAGUUGUGUUAAAGCCUGUGUCUGAUGUUUCCAUCGCAUGUUUCCCCUUCUGCCUGUCUUUCCAUUUAUUUCUCUUGGUUUUGGUUAGGUAGUCUUGUUCCUAUGUGUCUGGUUGUUUUAGAUUGAAUGCCAGGCAUUGUAAAUGCAAAUUUUUAGAGAUAAUUUACGGCUGUAUGUCUCUGCUGUCUAGUGUGAUAACCACUAGCCACAUGUGACUAUUUAAAUCAUUUAAAAGUAAGUAACGUUUUAAAAUCCAGGUCCUAUUGCCUGAGCCACACUUCAAAUGCUCAACAGCCACAUGUGGGUAGUGGCUGCCUUAUCAGGACAGAUACCUUUUACUGGAGAGAAUUUACUUUUGCUUAUGGCCUCAGAGAUGCAAGGAACCCUGAAUCACCUCAAGCCAGUUGAGUUUGAGAUGAUUCUGAAUUGGGCUCAGGUCUUACAAGGGCUGGUGUCCUUCUGAUUUCCCUUCCAGUCUGAGUGUAGCCUUUGGAGGUUAGUCAAGUCUGAAUACUGGAGGAUUCCCAGGGCUGCCACCUCAGCAGGCCCAGCUCCAGGGUUUAUGUCUUCAGUCCUGUCUUCUGUGAAAAGCUCUGUUCACCCUUGCGGCCUGGCCUUCCGCAUUAACAGACACCCCUGGGAGAAGAGCAGCCCAGACGCAGCUCAGCCCUCAGUCUUCCCUUCUGUUCCUCAGCUUGAGGCCUUGUAAUUCCUCAUGGCCUUGAUGGUUCUCUAAUGUAUACAAACUGAUUUUUAGCAAAAAUAUUUUUGUCCCCAGCCGCCUUAGUAGUUCUUAGAGGGAGAGAUGUUUAAAACAGUGGUCCGUCAAGCCAGAAGUAGAACUCCUCUAAAAAUGAUGUUUUAAUCAAAUACUUAAACAAAGAUGCCCAACAGCUAACCUGUUUAGCGCACUUUUUCACCUCUGUGGUCCUGUUUGAUUCCAGUUACAACUUUGUGAUCAACAUACUUUGUAUCUUUAUUUCAGAGAUGAGAACAUUUAGGUUCAAAGAGAUAAAAUAAACAAGCAAGUGGAGGGAGAGCUGAGAUUCAACCCCAGAUUCCCUGAGAUCCUCUGUCUGUUGUUAGACCCAGCGGUCUGGCAGUGAUAAUCACGCAAAAUGAAUGAUAACUGCUAAAAUACCAAGCACAGCAGUUGCUAGACCUGUAGCUACUGGAUGUGGGUCCAAGACAUCCCUGGCAUCGUCAAUGGGAAGACCAAUGACAGGGGCUAUUCAGGAUGGAGUUACUAGACCCAUGACAGCAGUGAGAGCAGCUGGUUUUACCAAAGCAGCUUUGAGAGGCUCUGCGUUCGACCCCCUCGGUCAGUCACGGGGCCCUGCACCGCCCCUGGAGGCCAGGAACGAAGACAGUCCAGAAGAAAAGAUAAGACAAUUAGAGAAGAAAGUAAAUGAGUUGGUAGAAGAAAGCUGUAUUGCUAACAGUUGUGGAGACUUAAAAUUGGCCUUAGAAAAGGCAAAAGAUGCAGGAAGAAAAGAGAGAGUCCUGGUGAGGCAACGAGAACAAGUUACAAGUCCAGAAAACAUCAAUUUGGAUUUAACUUACUCAGUUCUUUUCAACUUGGCCAGUCAGUAUUCAGCUAAUGAAAUGUAUCCUGAAGCACUAAACACCUAUCAAGUUAUAGUGAAAAAUAAGAUGUUUAGCAAUGCAGGACGGUUGAAAGUGAAUAUGGGAAAUAUUUAUUUAAAGCAAAGAAAUUAUUCCAAAGCCAUUAAAUUCUACCGAAUGGCCUUAGAUCAAAUUCCAAGUGUCCAUAAAGAAAUGAGGAUUAAAAUUAUGCAGAACAUUGGAGUUACAUUUAUUAAAACUGGGCAGUAUUCAGAUGCCAUUAAUUCAUUUGAGCACAUAAUGAGUGUGGCACCAAACCUGAAGGCAGGCUUCAACCUAAUUCUUAGUUACUUUGCUGUUGGAGAUCGAGAAAAAAUGAAGAAGGCAUUCCAAAAGCUGAUUGCUGUUCCAUUAGAAACUGACGAAGACGGUAAAUACAUUUCGCCAAAUGAUGACCCACAUACUAAUUUAGUGAUUGAAGCUAUAAAAAAUGAUCAUCUAAGGCAAAUGGAACGUGAAAGGAAAGCCAUGGCAGAAAAAUACAUCAUGACAGCUGCAAAACUCAUUGCUCCUGUAAUUGAAACAUCUUUUGCUGUAGGUUAUGAUUGGUGUGUUGAAGUUGUGAAAGCUUCUCAGUACGUAGAGCUGGCAAAUGAUCUGGAAAUAAACAAAGCAAUUAUGUACCUGAGACAAAAGGACUUUAAUCAAGCUGUAGAGACCUUAAAAAUGUUUGAAAAAAAGGACAGUAGUGUGAAGAGUGCAGCUGCAACCAAUCUCUCAUUCCUGUAUUAUUUGGAGAAUGAAUUCUCACAAGCCAGUAGCUAUGCAGAUUUAGCUGUGAACUCUGACAGAUAUAACCCGUCAGCUCUUACUAAUAAAGGGAAUACAGUUUUUGCAAAUGGUGACUAUGAGAAGGCAGCUGAAUUCUAUAAAGAGGCUCUAAGAAAUGAUUCUUCUUGUACUGAAGCACUUUAUAAUAUUGGCCUUACCUGUAAGAAGCUAAACCGACUUGAUGAAGCUUUGGACUGUUUCCUGAAACUUCACGCAAUCCUAAGAAACAGCGCCCAAGUCCUUUACCAGAUAGCAAAUAUAUACGAGUUAAUGGAAGAUCCCAAUCAAGCUAUGGAAUGGUUAAUGCAGCUGAUCAGUGUUGUUCCAACUGACUCCAGAGCUUUGUCUAAACUGGGAGGAUUAUAUGACAGUGAGGGGGAUAAAUCCCAAGCAUUCCAAUAUUACUAUGAGUCGUAUAGGUAUUUCCCGUCCAAUAUUGAAGUCAUCGAGUGGCUUGGGGCCUAUUACAUCGACACCCAGUUUUGUGAAAAAGCCAUUCAGUACUUUGAAAGAGCUUCUCUUAUACAGCCUACACAAGUGAAGUGGCAGCUGAUGGUAGCUAGCUGUUUUAGAAGAAGUGGUAACUACCAAAAAGCAUUAGAUACUUACAAAGAUAUUCACAGAAAAUUUCCAGAAAAUGUUGAAUGUCUACGUUUCUUGGUUCGUCUCUGCACAGAUAUUGGAUUAAAAGAAGUUCAAGAAUAUGCAACAAAACUCAAGAGAUUGGAAAAAAUGAAAGAAAUCAGGGAACAGCGCACCAAGUCCGGCAGGGAUGGCAGCGGGGGUCCCCGCGGCAGGAGAGACGGGAGCGCUGGCAGUGACGGCGGCCAGAACUGUGGUGCCGGUAGCAGAGGCGAGCGGCUCAGCGCCCAGCUCCGAGCCCUGCCCAGGACGGAGGAGCCUUACGACAGCAGCAGUAACAAGGAGCUAGACGCCUCCUAUGUGGAUCCGCUUGGCCCGCAAAUAGAAAGACCCAGAACUGCAGCCAAAAAGAGAGUCGACGAGGAUGAUUUUGCUGAUGAAGAAUUAGGAGAUGAUUUGCUUCCAGAAUAAUAUAUAUUUUAAUGUAUUAUUUAUUAAUUAAAGGGAAGGAAUCGCCUUACAAGAUAAUACUCAUGUUAAAGUUUGGAUUAAAUACCCAAACUUUAAUUUUGCACACUGUCAAAACUUUAAAUAAGUGUAUUCUGUUCUGUGAGUAUGGAUUUAGAUUUUGUUUUGCUUUUAAUGGAAUAAAAACAUGUGAAAAUAA